GAAAAAAAAACACAUAUGCACAGUACACACACGUGUGUAUCGAAACCGUGUGGAACUGAAAAAGCAGUCUCGGGUUGAUAUUACUACCUAUUUUGAAAAUUAAUAUAACAAUAACUGAAAUUGUCGGAUCCGACAUAGCUCAAGGAAAAUAUUGAGCAGUACAUUUAUAAGAAAAAAGGAAAAAAAUCAUAACGGGAUUUGUAGUAUAUUAUUUUUUUAAUUUUACUUUUUUUUUCCCUUCGUUUCGUUUUUGUGGCCCAAUAAGUGUUGCUCUAAAUGAUGGGAGAACCGUGUCACGAUGAUCAUGACGAAUAAAACUGUGAAGCUUCAUAUUCUCUAAUAAGUAUAAGGCAGCGAAGGCAGCAUAACGUUGCAUGCUCAAUCAACAACAACAAUUAAAGACAAAACAUAACCUAGGAAAUAUUGAAGAAAAGGGAAUAAAGGGAACAAGUGGAUCGCAAACUAUGGCUGGUAAAAGAAGACCAAUUCACACCAACACUGGAAACUGUACCGGAUCGUCCAAUCCACUGAGUAGCAGUUUUCGUUCGAGAAAUAUGAAUUUUCGUCCGAGCACGAGCCAGGAUGAACGUCGUGGCGGUACGAAACCGACAACGUCACCUGCUUCCGUUGGUCUAGUUUUGAUUACAAUGAUACUCCACGUUUGUCGAAAAUCUCUGCUCUUUGAACUGCGUCUCAAAGUAGCUAUAUACUGUGCUUCUAUAUUCAUUGUAUCACUUAUAGCUGAUUAUGCGCCUAUGCCAAGAAGCUAUUUCUCAAGAUCGGACAAUGCGCUGAAUCAAUGGUUCGUAAAAUGGGGUUGGGGGUGGUUGUUGCUGGUAACAGUACCGUGGAUCACGUUAACGGCACAGACUCUGGGAUGUGGCAAACGUCCUAUUCUGUUGAAGCACUUGUGUCGCCUGGUAGUAGCCACUUUUGCCUGGUUAACGUGGAUAAGACUAUUCAAUUAUAUAGAAACAAAUCAUGGUCGAUGCAUCCAAACCAAAGAUGCGACUUUGCAAACGAAGGCUAAUUGUUUACAAGCUGGUAAAUUUUGGAGUGGCUUUGACAUCUCUGGACAUACUUUUAUACUUAUCUAUUCUAAUUUAAUAUUGGCUGAAGAGGGUAAAACAAUUGUCGGCUGGGAGGGUAUCAAAGAUCUCAUAGUGAAGGAGGAACAUUCAAGAAAUACACCGAACGAGAGUAGCACAGGACACAUGAGAAAUUUAUCCACAGAAGAUUUGGAAUUUGUUAAAAAAGCUCAUGCUUCCCUGACUCCGUACCUUAGAGGUUUGUUUGUUGCUAUGACUCUCCAACAAAUUCUCUGGGACAUAAUGCUCGUCUCGACGAUGCUCUAUUAUCACAUAAUGUUGGAAAAAAUGAUCGGAUGUAUUGUCGCGAUAUUCACGUGGUAUGUGACUUAUCACUGUUGGUAUAAGAUCGCAAAUGGUGGUUUGUGUUCACCCGGAGAAGGAUUAUUCAGAUAUAAUGGAUCCAAGGAACCUCAAGAUAUGACAACAGCAAGAACUCGAAGAAAUACCCUCAAUGGUACAGGCUCUAGAUUUAUGGGUCUGCCCAUUCGGACACCUCAAGAUACACCUGAAAACUUAGUCAAUUCGUCGCGUCCUCUGGACAACGAUUUACCAACUUCUCGUGCAACAUGAAAUAUCUUCUUGGAUUCAGUCACAUUUUUCACUCCUAUAUUCGACAAUUCGGAAAAAAAAUAUGCAUAUGCAAAUAUUUUUGUAACAUAUGUAUAUAUGUACAUGUACUUUGUGGUCGCAGAAUAAGAGUCAAUAAAUAUUUUGCGGAGACUAUUUUAGGAAAUUUGAACAUUCAAAUUUUUUCACUUAAUUGGACUAGAAAUUGAACUCGAAAGUGCUAUCAAACCUUGAAACUAUUUCAUCUGUUACCACAGAUAUAUGUACAUAUAUGGUGAUAGAUAUAAAAUUGAUAUAUGUCAAAUAAUAAGGUUGCGGUUGAUUGUGUUGCCUAAUGUUGACCCAAAUACCAAAUUUGUGCUCUCUGUCGAUUUUUGUACAAACAAGACCCGCUGGAAACACGAAAAUAUCAUGCCACAUGUUUUGCAUUUUGUUGUUGUCAUGUUCGUUUGUUUUAAUUAUUUAUUCAUAGUGUUUAUAGGAUUAAGAGUAUAAAGAUGGUGGAUUUCAAUGUACAUUUAUAUGAAUAAUUGUAUACCAGAUUUAUGCAUGAUCGUUCAUUCACGUAUGUUCGCAGAGUGAUCGAACAGUUGACAAUGAAUGAACUUUUUUACACUUCGAACAUCUUCCAGAUCAUACAUUUAUCGCUUCCAACUACCUUUGACAAUUAAUUUAUUUGGAGAAUUGAAAUAAAAGGUCAGAGUAAUAUUACAAA